AGAACAAAAAAAAACCCUAAUUUCAUCAGCCGCAUUUACAGAGAAAAAGUGUGUGAGAAUCCGAUUCUGCAACAAUGAAGUACAAUCCAAGAGUUUCGUCAUCUCGCCGUAAGAGCAGAAAGGCCCAUUUCACUGCUCCAUCAAGCCUUCGCAGGGUGUUGAUGAGCGCACCUCUUUCAUCUGAGUUACGUACAAAGUACAACGUGAGAUCUAUGCCGGUGAGAAAAGAUGAUGAAGUUCAGGUAGUAAGAGGAACCUACAAAGGCCGUGAAGGAAAAGUUAUGCAAGUGUACCGUAAGAAAUGGGUGAUUCACAUUGAACGUAUAACUAGAGAGAAGGUUAAUGGAUCUACUGUUAAUGUUGGUAUUCAUCCAUCUAAGGUUGUUGUUACCAAACUCAGACUUGAUAAGGAUCGUAAAUCUUUGUUGGAUCGUAAGGCUAAGGGACGUGCUAAUGCUGAUAAGGAUAAGGGUACAAAGUUCACUGCUGAGGAUAUCAUGCAGACUGUUGAUUAAAUUUGGUGUUUUGUUGAUGCAGCUGAAGAGAGGUUAUAUCAGUACGUUUUUGGUUUAUUAGGGUUCUUGAGAUCUUUGAAUUUUUGGUUUUUUUUUCUGUUAAUUGAAUGCAGCUAAAAGUUGUUAAUUUUGGGUUGAUCAAUAUAACUCAAGUUAAUGAUUUCAA